AUGCAUCUUCUUGAUCUACCACUCGAAUUGUUGAUUCACGUUCUCUCUUCACUUCCUAUCCGUCAUAUGCAGUCACUUAUGCUGGUCAAUACUGGCUGGCGCUGGCUGGUCCAACAGUUUCUUUCUCGCAAAUAUCACAUCACUUUACUUCCCUACAUCAAGGACCCCUCGUCAUUCCGUGAUGUCCUACGCCGCUCUCACUCCGUCAUAUCUGGUUCAUUUGCUCUCGAAUUCUCACUUCACGGUACCACCAGACCCCCCAUAAACGUCGGCGACAUAGAAAUAUACGCUGGCGUCGCGAACACCAUCACCAUCAUUGAACACCUUCGCAGAGAAGAGGGCUAUCUCGCCAUCCCUCUCUCCAUUCUUCCCUGCAUCUCCUACAUCGAUGAUUACGAUGGUGGUAUCGCAGCGGUUGUACGGAUGCUUCAUCCUCGAGGGACCAAGAUCGAUGUCAUCUGCAGCUUGCGGAUCUCCGCAUUACACCCCAUCACUUUCUUUUGGAGUACGGCCAUCAUGUCUUUCCUGACAUCGGACGGUUUCUGCUCUGCAUAUCACGCCUUAACUGAACGUGGGAUCGCAUGUCUGAAUCCGUCUCGGGACUUGACUCCGCGCAUUCGCCGUUGUAUAACAAAGUAUGAGCAACGAGGUUUCAAGAUUGGGCGUUUUGACCUCAACGAGGAAACUCCUCACACCGCUGUGGUACUCGAAUGUUUCGGUGGGGACGAAGCCUGUCUGACACGACCGUACAGAAAUUUCCGUGGAGUUGUCCACAUGUACCUCGCAAGUUCAGCGACAAGGGUUCACUUCACAUACGGUUCAGUCCCCGAACACAAGGGAAUACUGUUCCUUUCCCAUUUGAAGAGCCAGAAUGGGUCAUGGGAGGUGAACAAUGUGGCGGUUGUGGACUUGUUUCGGACAGUAGCGUGUUACCUUAUGCGCGUACUGUCUAACCCCCCAUUUUCUUUGUAUGAGAUCGUUCGUCACCACGGACUGAACACUCUAUUGCAUCAGUACGACCCCCCUCUUCGAGCGGUACUCGUACGCAAUCGCAACCCAGCCACCCACAUCGUACCCGAUUCUGAAGUCAAUAUACAUCAAUUUCUUCAAGUCGUUUCGGCGUUGGAUAGUGUCCAUGAUUUGCCAUUUCCUUUCCACGUCGUGUAUAGAUCUCAGCUCCCGCUUCCCAUGCAAUUCAACGUGCCCGUACAAGGAAUUGUUGCGGGUGCAUGUCUGGAUCCAUUCGGUGAGACGCUGUCUGAUAUCGACGAUUCAGAUCCUCUUCAGUGGCUUCAACUAACCUGGGGAUACCCUCAAUUCAAAACGAAGUUCGACGCUCAGGCAUCCCAUCUGAAAAUCAUUAUCGACGCAUGCUACGCUCAGUUGGGUCUUCAAGCUCCCUCGACCGAGAUACUGCCGCUCCUUAGCCUUCGUCGGAGAGUGUAUCGAAGUGUCAACCAUGCGUUACGGCUCGACGAGCUGCUCGAUGAUGGUUCUUUGGUGAUGUGUAAUCCGAAUCAGUUUUAUCGCAGGGAUCUUGUGGAGGCUAUUGCCACUGUGGAUAUAGCUGUUGAGCCAGCGGAAGACACAGUACCCCGCACGUCGAUUUAUCUCAGUUUUAAUAGAGUGACAUGUGUACUAUAUGCGAAUAAACUAGAGCAGUUGUCCAUGUUAGCAGGAGAGGAAUGUCAACUCCCGUCGAAGGAUGAACUCUUGAAUCAUCGUUCUACGGCAAACAUGGGAUGGCAUGCUCCACUUUUGACUGUGAGCUUCUAUUCGAUGAAACAAGUAUCUGAGAAAAAUGAUGAGAUAUGUGGCGAGAGUGGCGGAGCCAUGAACUGGGGUCGAGGCGAGAGUUCGAGUCGGAACUGGAACAGAAGCAAUACUGUACCGCGUGUAAACAUGCGUCAUUCUCUUUCGAUCAAUGGAACACCGAGUGGUAACUCCAAGAGAGAGUCACCCGACCGGGGAGCAUGGUUCAGGAUCGUCUAUCGAACGUUGCAGUUUGGAUUUAGUGUGGUGAAAAUCGAACUUUCCGAACUUUUGAUCUAUCACUUUGAACACUCCCUCGAGUUUCUCUUUUCCCUUUAUCAAAGUUAUCAUGUCUACGCCUUUGGAAAGACUUCGUACCACGCCCGCAUUCACUCGGCCAACGCAUCACCACGCCUCAGAUAUCCCACUGCUCCCCCGCCUUCUCCAAUUCAGCGCCAUCGUCCUCCACGCGACAACUUUUGCUCGCACGAGAUCAUCUCUCCUCUUUCUUUGCCCACCUCAGUCCCUUGGAACAAUUCUUUCGAGCCACUGGUCGAGCAUGAAGUUCAACAAGAAAUGUCAUCGGGCAGAUUCUACCCAACUACGAAUGACUCACCAGUUUUAAUUCCACGACCGGACACGCCUCGUCCUAGCCCCCAUUUUUCUUCGCCCACUUUCCCCCGACUCGAUAGUACCAUGCGCAGUAUAAUUAACACCGUCCCCCAGUCAUCUGACACUGCCCGAGACUACUCGAGGGUCGUCACCGAAGCCUAUGACGCCCCUAGGGGCUACACACUCAGGGCUGUCAUAGAAGAUGAAGCCGUCGAGGCCUCCGCAGACGAAGAAUCGCCGGAGAGCGAUUCGGCGGAUGCAGAGGCCGUGGAAGGCUUACUAGCGCUCGCAGGGACUCCGGAUGAUUCAUCAGACUGUGAUAGUGAAGUUACUAAUGAACCAUUUGGUGACUCGGACGAUGGUUUCAUCGUAGACGACGAAGAGGUCGAGGAGGAAGAGGACGAUGAUGAAUACGACGGGGACGACAGUUGCGCGGCGACGGUGGGGUCCGAUGUUGAUCGCGCUGAUGAGUCGGAUGACGUCGACGGACCUCCAGCUGAGUGGAUUAACGGGUAUAGAGAGUAUGAGAUCGAGAGAAUUAUCUCCCAUCAUGUGUUCCCGGAGGCUACUUACUUUUUGGGUGAUUCCACACUGCCAAAUAUGGCGACGUCUGCAAAUUCUACGUGUUUUGUUGGUGUGCUGAGUCUCAGAGAAACACAAUGGCCAGACCAAACGAACAAGCGAUCAUCGUCACGGUGGCGCGCCACUGGUGACUGCUAUUAUACGUAUAAGAACAACGACAUCUUCCACGCGCGGCAAGACGCUGCGCAAGCACGCCUAUCUCUCAAUCAGUCUAUCCAAGACUACGUCGGUCAACACGGAGAACACCUCGCACGGCAGUCGACCUUGAAUAACCAGAUCCAAGACUGUUACGAUAACAUCGUCGCCUUCCUGAACCUAUCCGCUGGGUAUCGUGAUAAUGUCGAUGCUCUCUUAGAAGAGAUGGAGGAGUCUGUCCGUAAGUGGACGUUUUAUAGGCCUGACAUGCCCAUGGAAAAACUAGCGACAGCAGAAGAGCAAAUCAAGUGGCUCCGAGAACAGAGUGCCGUCCCCAUACUCCCCAAGCUUGCGGACGCGACGGAUAAUACGGACCAUGUUCCGAACAAGGUUAUGGAUGAGACGACUGGUUCUGCCGCUCAAGACGAUGAAUGGCCCUCGCUUCAGCAGGUCUACGACUGGAUUAUGUAUCGUACCCUGGCCCAUGGCGCUGGGACUUUAGGGGCUACAAGAAGCGUAUCUAGAGUGCCUUGUGAUCUUUUCCUUCAAUUGUGCGAGGUUGCUUCUAAUGACCCAGAAGAUACGUUGUGGUGGGGCUUGUUGGUAAUUGAGGUACGACCCCAGAACUACCGACUCUCGAUACACCUAUUAACCGCGCUGACCAUUUCAACUGUUCCUAGACCUGAUAUUCUGCGCCGGUCUCGCGAGGAAUUGAUCAUUCUUCGCGAGCGUGAUGCAAAAUGGACGCGCUUGGUCGACUUACUCGAAGACAAGUUACGAUGUGUUCAAUGGCAUCUUCACAACGAAAAGGGGGAGCGAAUGAAGGUGGACGCGGACAUCAUUUGCCUUCGCCGUGCCCUUGGUCCGUCUUCAUUAACGCUCCUUCGUGAUCGGUUGACGACUGAAGAAACGCGGCCACCACAACUGCACACUCGUCCUCCUCCCGACCUCUCAUCGAUGCUACCUAGCCUUCUUCCAGCUCCCGACUUGGUAAUUCGCCCUACGCAGCCUCCUCAAACCCGCCAUGUGCUACCUUCUCGCCCGGCACUGCAGUCUGAAGAUCGCUCGGUGAUACCGCCCACGAGUUAUCCUUCAGCUCCAUAUCAGGAUCACCCGUCCCAAACUUCCGCGCCACUUCAAUCUCAGGCUCGCCGUGUGGCGUCUGAAGUCCCAUCUUCCUUACCAUCCCAAGCAAGCAGCGACGAGGUUUCGCCGAUCCCUGCUGCUCGACUCCCUAUGCUACGGUUGAGACUGCGAACACCACCUUCACUCGACGAGCUGUCGACCCCAAAGCGCCAGCGAUUAUCUCAUGAGCGUUCACGGGCGCCGUCGCCUACCACUACACGCCCAAUGGCAGCGUUGUUACCGCCCCAUCCAGCGACGGCAUCAGGGUCUUCCGGGGAUAUAGGCGACCCCAGGAAAGUGAAACGCUAA